AUGCCCAUGUUGACAGUUCUCAGAGGCCCUGAGACAAGGUGUAAGCAUGUGAUGGAUCCUCACUGCUGCCCGAAUGUCUCAAGGAAACCUGUGGUACCCCAAAUCCCACCAUCCUGCUCACAUUUCUACUUGCUGCUGCCAAUAAGAGUCGUCAUACCUCACUCUACAGAGUGUCUAUGCCUCACAUAUAAGCCAGACUUUCAGGCCCAAAGUGAGAUACAAUGCCUGGCAGUUGUACAUGUUCUCAUAGCUAAAGAUGAGGAGGAGACUUGCUCCAUUUCCUCUUGCUUUUUCAACUUCUCUUACCCCUCCACCUCUUCCUCCCUGCCUUCCUCUCCUAUUAUCUCAGUCUCCCCACAGAAGGAGGAGGGAGAGGAGCCUGCUGUAACACUGAGUCCUCCCCAGAUUCCUCAGAUCUCCUUCUGCUCCUUCUCCGUAUCAUGGAAAACAUCAGAGAAAGUCUCCAACAGCCAAGAAGAAGAGGAUACAGGUUCCCCAGUGACCUCAAAAGACAGUGAAUCUUUGCUCAGAGACCUACUAGAUGAGAAGGUGGCUGAUUUGGUGCAUUUCAUGGUUCUCAAGUAUCAACUGAGGCGGCCCAACACAAAGGCAGAAAUUCUGAAGGUUGUCAUCAAAAGGUAUACGAAACAAUUCCCCGUGAUCCUCAAGAAAGAUUCUAAGUGUUUGGAGGUCAUCUCUAACAUUAAUAUGGGGGGAGUGGACCCCACCACCCAUUCCUAUGUCCUUUUCAACUCACUGGACCUCACCCACGAUGAGAUGCUUAGCGACAACCAGAGCAUGCCUAAAAAUGGUCUCCUGAUAAUCAUCCUGGGUGUGAUCUUCAUAGAGGGCAAUUGUGCCCCUGAGGAAGACAUCUGGGAUAUCCUGAAUAUGAUGAGAGUGUAUGCUUGGAGGGAGAAUUUCAUUUAUGGGGAGCCCAGGAAACUCAUCACCACAAAUUGGGUGCAGGAGAAUUAGUUGGAGUAUCCGCAGGUGCUUAACAGCCAUCCUCCACACUAUGAAUUCCUGUGGGGUCCCAGGGCUCAUGCUGAAACCAGUAAGAAGAAAGUUCUGGGGUUUUUGGCUAAGAUCAAAGGGACUGACCCUACUUCCUUCUCAUGCUGGUGUGAGGAGGUUUUAAGAGAUGAGGAAGGGAGGGUGCAGGCCAGAAUCGGCUCCAUGGAUAAUACUACCAUGUUCCUUACACAACAUUGGUCAACAGCUUUUCCUGUCCCAGCUAAAGAGUGA